AUGUCUGAAAAUAUUGAACAAACAGCGCAAGAGAAAAAUCCAAUAAUUGAAAGUUGCGAGGAGAGACAAAUCGACAAGGACGAAACAAAAGAAAUUCCAGACUCUAUUAAAAAGAGCGGAAAAGUUUUAUCACUAUUGACAUCGUCACCGUCACCGUCGACAUCAUCAAAAAAUAAAUCUGAUAAUUCAUUAUCCCUUCUCAAUAUUUGUAAUAUUAUACAAAGUUCAUAUCCUACCACCACCACUACUUGCACACAAUCACCAAUCAAUACUUUAUCACCUUUGCAACAACAAAAUCAACUUGACGAAGAAUUCAUCAAACUUAAUAAUAAUGGUUUAUUAAAGCCAAAAGAGAAAAAUUUCACCAAAAUAACCGAUCAUGCAUCAGAUAAAUCACCAACGAAAUCUGACGAUAAUACACAAAAUAAGCCUACCGACGAAAUUAUGAUCAAUUCUUCUCCUUUUUCUAAUAAUAGCAGUAAUAGCAGCAGCAUUAAAUCAUCUCCUCGAACUAAUUCUGGCAAAAUCAUCAAAGCUGGCGAGAUUUAUCGAUGUUCAAAUUGCGGUGCAAGGGAAACACCAGCUUGGAGACGAGAUUUACAAGGAGAAGCUUUACUUUGUAAUGCAUUUAAGGGGAGACAGCGUCCUACAGAAGUUGAUACUGAUGGAGAAAUUCGUUUAAUUAAACCGGAAAAGGCAGGGACAGGACCACCAAGUUGUCAAAAUUGUGGCACGCAAGAAACUCCUUGUUGGAGAGGGUCAGAAGGCAGUAAACUUUAUUCCAGGGAUUCUGGUGAAGGUAAAUUGGCUGUUGUGAAAAUAUGUUUGAAGGAAGAAAAAGAUUUCUUUGUGGGAUAUUUUGCCAUUUUUGUGGUUUUUGUGGAUAAUUCAUUGUUUGUAAUAUCAUAUGUUCUAAUUGUAGUUGUAAUAGGAAUGGAAGUCUGUGGCAUUUGUAAAAUUCUCGGCUCUGAUUCAAAAAACGCAAUUGGUUCAAAAUUAUCUACUGAUUCCAUUUUUACAGUUACGUUAUUAUUAUCAUGA